GUUUGGAAUCGGUCGUAUUGAACAUCGAAAGCAACAUGAACAACCGUCCGUUAACUUACGUAGAAUGUGAUGGUGGGAAGGAACAAGUCCUGAUGCCAAACAUACUCAUUCGGGGAGAAAACUGUUACAUGUUCGACGAUGUUGAAAAUGAAGAAGACGAGAUAACCAAGAUGCAACGAAGACUUAGAAAAGCAAAAGAUGAUGCAUGGAAACGAUGGAAGCGGGAAUAUGUGCAUAGUUUACUGGAGAGCCAACGAGUCAAUAACAAGGUUGUCGAAGCACCACAGAUUGGAGACGUUGUCCUGGUAGUGGGAGAAGAGAAGAACAGGGGAGAAUGGAAAAAAGGGAAGUGCUUCGACAAGUUCGUGGAAAAGACGGUGUAG